UGCAUGUGCGACUCUUUUAUUUGUAAAAGAUAUUGAUCAAUAUGAAUUUACUACCAAAAAGCCACAAAGAAUUUAGCGAGAGAUAUUGGAAUAAAUUCUUCAAGAAACGUGGGAACCAAGCCUUCGAAUGGUAUGGAGAAUAUUUAGAACUGUGCGGACAGCUGCAUAAGUACAUAAAACCGAGAGAUGUCAUAUUAAUACCGGGUUGCGGUAACUCGGGACUGAGUGCCGACCUAUACGAUGUCGGCUAUGAACACAUCACUAACAUUGAUGUUUCAGAAGUAGUUAUCAAGCAAAUGAAAGCCAUAAAUUCUCAUAGAACAGGAAUGAAGUUUCUCUGUAUGGACGCUUUGAACACAACAUUUUCCGACGAUGAAUUUAAUGUAGUUCUCGACAAGGGUACAUUAGAUGCUCUAAUGCCGGAUGACUCCGAGGAAACGGUAAAGUCCAUAGACAAAUACUUUCACGAGAUCAAAAGAGUUUUGAAGCUUGGAGGUCGGUUUGUGUGUAUAACUUUGCUACAAAGCCAUAUACUUAGCAAGUUGUUGGAAACUUUUUGCGAUAACUCGUGGAUGUUCCGCGUGGUGAGAUGUCACGAGGCUGAGGAGAAGAAUGCGGAGAAUGCUGACGGUCCAACUCUGCCAGUGUUUGUUGUUGUCGCCACCAGUUCAGAGCAAUGCCACAAACAGAUUCUUGAAGUAUGUAUGGCUGGAGACAAGAUGAUAAGGCUACAGACAGCAGAUGAGGUGAAGAGCUAUGUCAAGUCUGCCCAAGAUACCGCAUUUGUCACCAAUGGACUUGCCAAGACCAGUCUCGAUGAAGAUGAAGUAUCCUUGGAUCUAAUGCAACCGGGCGAUGACAACCCACGGUACACAUUAUAUGUGGUUGACCAGAAGCGGUCACAGGCUAUCAACAAAUAUGCAGUAUUCAUUGUCCCGCAAGGCAGGGAGUCGGAGUGGUUAUUCGGCACACCGGCAGGUCGACGUCAGCUGCAGGACUCGGCGCGGUUCGGGCGGCUCAUCGUGGCCGUGCUGCGGAGAGGACACAAGUUCGCUUCCCUGGACGCUGUGAAGGAAGAACUGGCGCACGCAGCCAAGAUGCUGGCACCGCUAGGGUUUACUGGGCAGAUCCCGUUCCUGUCGCUUGGCAGUGACGUGGGCCGUCGCGUGAAGGUGUUCGAGGGCUCGUCGCAGUUCUCGGGCGGCUACGUGGUGGAGGAUGUGGAUGUAGAGGGCGCCACUCACCGCCGCCUCGAGUUCCUGGAUAACCAGUUCCUAGUCCAGUCUGAGGCGAAGAUGAAGACAAUAAAAAAGAAAAACAAAACGAAGCUGGUGGUGGACUUCGGUCACAUAUCUCUGUACCACUCGUUCAUGUGUGUGGGGGUCCAGCUCUCCCGCGCUGAGGACUUCACCAACGUGGCCGUCCUCGGCCUCGGCGGGGGCAGCCUCUGCAUGUUCCUCAGGAAGUGCUACGACGACCUCAAGGUCACGGCCGUCGACAUCGACCCUGCGAUGCUGGACAUAGCCAGGGACCACUUUGAAUUACAAACGGAUGAUAAUUUGGAAGUCCAAAUCAAAGAUGGAUUGGAUUUUUUGAAGGAUGAGAUUAAGAAUGGCAAGCACUACGAGGCGGUGUUAUUCGACAUGGACAGCAAGGAUCCAACGCUGGGGCUCUCGUGUCCGCCCAAACAGUUCCUCGAAGACUCUGUGCUGGAAGACGUUAAGAAUGUACUUACCGAACAUGGUCACUUCAUAUUAAACCUCGUCUGCCGCGACACGGAGUUGCAACAAUCUAUAAUGAAUACUCUCAAAAAGCAUUUCAAACACUUGACAACAGUGAAACUGUAUGAAGAAGUCAACGAGAUCGUGUUGGCGACGAACAGCAAUAGCGUUUACACUACCGAUGCCUUCGACCUGGCCAUUAGGGAACUCAAUACUGCGGCGAGGAAUAAGAAGCUUGUCAGCGUCCGAUGUGUCGACUUGAAGGAUUUCUUGCAGUCCGUCACUAUUAUUUCGUAAGAGUUUUAGACUUCAGAAGGCCUGGGUGAUGCUUCAGAAAUAAUAAGAAUUAUUAAGGAUAUCGAGGGUGUACCCUGUGGUGUAGUGUCAGAUAUGCGGGGCACACGAGACUAGAAAUUGUAAGGCAGAGAGGUUUGAAGACCUUCGCUCAGCUGUGGGAUCUUACACAGGCUAAUAAAAAAUGGAUAUCAUUUACCCUUAUAACAAUUUUAUUACUACACAUAGUCUAAUUUAAGUUUUUUUAGACGAGAUCGAACUGUACUAUGAAUAUUCACAUGACACGAGAAUUGGAGACGAAGAGAAGUGUGAGGGUAAUGAUUUCCAUAAUUUGUAUUAUAAUUCUCCGAAACAUCCCCUGCUUCGACAACGUUAUAACACAAAACUUUAACUUGUCACUUCAGUACAUUUGAGUGAGCGACUCAGAGUUAUCGCGCACAGAAAUGUAACUUAUAUACAGGCCCAGAAUGUAUGUUUUAACUUAUCAGGAUUGAAAGGCAAGACUUCUAAAUAUCUGGUGUGUCAUAGAGUUGGUCCCAUAUGUUUAUCAAUAACUCCCUUUUUACUAGUUGUAACAAUACGGACUUUAGCGAUAGGUUUUAUCCACUUUUGUAGUCGACUAUAUAAAACAUUAUCUAUAUUACUUAGAUGUAAACAAUGUAUUUUAUUAUGAAUAUUUAUUGUAGAUAGUAUUUUUGUCCUUAGACGGAUAUUUUCUGACGUUCGCUCGCUACUCUUGGUUUGUAGAUUUUUCAGAAACGUUUUACACAACAUUUUGUGCGUCAUAAGAAAUAGAAAUACUUUCAUCUAGUUAAUCGUCCAAGAAACAUGCUGAUAUAAAAAUCUGUUUAUUCGAACCGAGGCAGAAAGACAUCACAUGAAGCUGAUAUCACGUUGCUUUUAUAUUUUAAAAUAUAUAAUACUUAUGUUGUUGAUAUGUUUACUAUUGUGUUAAGAAUAAUUGUUAUUGUUUUGUAAAUAUGAUUAAGUUGUUUUUAAUAUGUAACAAGAUAUUUUUGUUUCACUCUGAGUUGUCGUAUAUAUUAUGUUAUGUCAUAAAAUUUGUUAGUGAUCACGAUAUUGUAAUUCAAAAAGAUAUCGUUUAAUUGUACUCGUCAUAGUGUAGCCAUAGAUAUUUUUGUAACAUUCUUCAAUAUAUCAUUAAAUCUAAAUGAACUGUAACUGUGUAGUAUAUUUUACUGUGAUAAUGUAAGUUUUCUGUGAAAUAAAACUACAGAAUAAAAUUAAUGCA